AAAUACAAAGAUCAUUAUCAUUUCCUUUUUCCUUCCAGUUCCAAUUAAUUCCGAUUGACUGAUUUUCAGUUUAAUCACAAUCUCCAAGAUAAUCCCAUCUUAAUGAUCAUCUUUAACGAUCCUCGGUGGUGAUUAAAGAAUUGUUUAUUUUCAUAUUUAUUAAUCAGAGCGUAAUUUUCACCAGAUUAUUGGAUCAACGGAAACUCAUCUCAUCAUCAACUUGUUGAUUGUUUAUUUUGUUUCGUUUGGUUAAUCAUAUCGACUCCCUUUUGAUUUUCCAAGUUUAACCAGCAAUUUACCAACAGUUAACAAUUGACAUCUCAAAUGUCCAGAUUGUCUUCGGAUUAAAUUGUAAACAAUUUAAAUUUUGCGUUUCUCAAUCAUUCAGUUCAACCUUACGAAGUGACCAAUCUAAAGAUCAACUGUCUUUUUAAUUGUCAUCUCUUUUAAUAGAAACAAUGAAAUCGGUUUAAUUGUUGAUUUAAUUUCGUUAUGUGCUUGAUUCUCAAAAAUUUUCAUAUUUUCACCAAUUCGUUUGAUCAAUGGUUCGAUUUGAUUUCAUCUUUAAUUGUAUUUGUUAAACAUGAACCUUGAUGAGAAUAACCAAUGGACUUACACCAUUGGAAUUUAAUUGAAUAAGUUGAACCUUUUAAAGUGGAACAAUUAAACAUUACAAUUAUCUGAUUUGUUGCUUUUCGAAAAUUGAUUGUGUUUUAAUUGCGUUGAUUCUGUUAAAUCAAACUAAUUAAUUUUAUAUAAAAAACGAUGUUUAUUGGAUCAAACAUUGUGUUUCUUUUGUGUUUAAUUGUCACAAUUAUCUUAUCGUUGAUGAUUGAAAUUGUUUCGACCGGUGAGAGGACCACAUCAAACACUAUUGUGAUACAAAGUGGCGGUGGACACGAUGACCACGACGAUGACGAACGGAUAGUUUACACAACAAUCCCGAUACCGAUUCCACUUCAAUUGCAAAAAAAGUCGAUCGGUAAUCCAAGUUAUUUGUACCCAAUCCAUUCAGAUCCAUCGUUACCGAGUUUUCGAUUAACCCAAAGGUCAAUCAUUCAUGUUCCAUCACCAGCUCCCCAUUUACAACCACCGACGCCGAGUAACUUUUUCAACAGAUUUCGAACUGUUCCUCCCGAUAAUCAUUAUCCACUUGCACCCAGUCACCCUAAUUAUCGUCAUCAAUUACAAAUGCACCCUUCACCAAAUGAACGGGCAUCAAAUCCUAUGCCCGCUCCACCUCAACAACUACCACCACCUCCUCAAUCGCCUUCUCUGGUGCCAUUGCCACCACCGCCACCACCACCUCCACUUGGUGCACUUAUCCCACCACCGCCUCCGCCACAAAUGCAUUUAUCUCAAUCUCGACCAUCAGUGGCCACUAACCCGCCAUCGUUUUUCCCUCCUCUCCAACCGAUGCCAAACACCGCUCAAGUUUCUGAGCCUGAUAAUCGUUUUUAUAGUUUACACGAACCUUGGCCACCGGCUUAUUCGAACACCAAUAAAAACAGUCUCAAAAUGUCCACUUCCGGUGAAGUGGAAGGAGGAGAAAAUCCCGUUUACGAUGAUAAAAAUUCCGCUGGAAAUGGAAACAAUCAGGGAAACAAUAACAUGGCCGACGAAGGUCGUGACGAGGGAAGAGGCGAAGGCAAUAGUGUUGAAUAUCCAACCGACGAACAAGAUUAUCAAAAUAAUUACGAUAGACCAGAUUACGGAAACAAUAAUGAUUAUCGUGAGGAUUAUCAACGAAAGCCCAAUGAUGGAGGUGGUGAAUCAGGGGGAGGUGAACAAGGAACAGGAAAUGAAACUCCAAUGGCCGGGGGCGGAGGAGAAGGUAAUCCAAAUGGAGAUGAUUAUUAUCAAGAAUUUCAAACUGCUCGUGAUUAUCAUGAUUAUCAAAUUAAACCCGCGGUCGGUGAAGUUUUAAACCAAGCAAACCUUAAUUUCCCUUCCGACUCUCAAGAAAUAAUUAACUUUCACAAUCCAGGAGGAUCAAUUGAUUACCAGAAUGUCCCUGGACAAGAUCACAUUUAUAAUGUUGUUAAUCAACCAAAUGAUCAACAAUCAAUUCCAGUUGCAGCAUCUCCUCAACAAGCUGAUUACAAUCAAGGUGAUUAUGGUGAUGAUUAUAAUGGACAAGGGACAAGCGGUGAACAAUCAGAGGAAAACAAUAAUAAUAACAACAAUCAAAAUAAUCCAACAGAUGAAGAUGAAGAAAAUCAAAAUAAUUCUGUUGACAGAUCAUUUAAUCCGAUGAUUCCCAAGCCAAUGAAUCAAUUCACCGGUCAAUUAACAACUCCAGGUCGUCUAAUUGAUUACCCAAACUCCAAUUACAACAAUUACAACAAUCAACCAUCAAUGACUCCAAUUGAUUCAACACCAAUGGUCUCAAUCCCUCAUAAUCCUGGCACUGAGCCCGGAGUCCGACCUGAUAACAAUCAAGCCGCUCCAAUAAAUCAAUUUGAUCUAACGGGUGAUCCAUAUUUAGAUAAUUACAAUGAUCGAUCUAAAUCAUCACCAAUUAACUCAAUGGAAAAUCAUAUUGAUAAUCUUAACAACGGUGAUUAUGGUAAACGACAUUAUCCUUAUAACUAUCACAACAAUCAAAUUAAACCAUCACCUUCACCUUCACCUCCCGCUGAUUAUCAUGAUCAACCUAAUGGUGAAUCAACUCAACCAGCUAAUUAUGAUUAUAAUAAUAAUUGGCAAUCAGAUCAAGAUUACAAUCAACCACCACAACCACAAACUCAAUCAUCAUCAUCAUCAUCAAUCCCACCGCCCCAACAAUCAGAUUUGGACACACCAGUUGAACGUUAUGAUCAAGAGGAUUGGGGACAAUAUUAAUCACAACAAUCAGAACAAUUAACUUAUCAAAAAGAAAAAGAAAAUUGAAAAAAUUUAAUCAACUAUUAAUAUAAAUUGUACCAAAGUAAUUAUUUUUAUGUUUAUGUUUUAUAUUCAAUCAUUACAUUAAUUUAAAAAAAAAAGUUUUGAUCAUUAAAGUUUAAUUGUUAUAAUUAUUUAUUAGCAUUUAGUUCAUUU